GUCUCCGUCACGUCUCCAUCACGUUAACGUCUCCAUCACAUCUCCAUCAUGUUAACGUCUCCAUCACGCCUCCGUCACGUUAACGUCUUCGCAAAUCAGUUUUUGGGAUGUUUCUGUUUGCUGGUGUUUUGAGUUGCCGUGGAGUUGUCCUCUCAGAGUCGGCGUAUUAACAUCAACCUGAGCCUACAGUCCCACACACAAACACAGAGAUGAAACCAGCCCAAAGCCACGGUGAUAAAAGACGAUGUAAAAACAUGAUGUUGUGGCAACAGAGGCUGACUCUUCAUCACAGCCAGGCUCUGGCUGCCGGGCUGGAGUCUGCAUACACUCGGCUUUAACAUCACUCGGGGUUCUUUGUGUUUGUGCAGAUGUUAGCAGCAUAAUGCAGCUGUUUCUGUCAGUCUGCACUCGCCCAGCACACGCCUGGUAGUUCUGACCGCUCCGCCAUUUUCCUCCAUCAGCUGAUUGCCAUGGGAAUAAAAACGUCGUGUUUAGUUUUUAAUUUUUUCUUCCUGCCGUGCUGAUAGCUGAAGAACUUUUGUAAUGCGAGUAACAGCAUAGUAGUAACUGUAUUGUGAUUACAGUAACGCGUUACACAAACACUGAGCGACGGAGAUCAGGGGAGAGCACGCCAUCAAACAUGGAGUCACGUUUCCGUGAGAGAGCGCCGAGCACGCAGUUACUAAAUCACUAAAUAAAAUAAUGAAACGUCAUGGACAGCACACACAGCGGGACGGCUCUCUUCCACUCAGUUACUUUUUAUUCUAAGAGUAAUCGCACUACUGUAGUUUCUCAGCAGUAAUUAAGCUCCAGUUUCCUCCUCCGAGCUUCGUCCCUCCUCCUCCUCCUCCCUUCAUGUUUAUGGUCUUCCACAGGUGAAGGAUUGAGGAGCUGUGUGUCUGCGUGCUCACUGAUCGAGACCCGUUUUUGUUGUAGUUUUGUGUGCGGAGGUAACAAUGCUGUACAUGUGGUGUAAGUUUAGACCUCACCGUUCUUCCCUCUGUCUCUAGGUUUGCUUUUCCUUCUUUUUAUUUAUGGUGUUAAUGAAGGGACGCUUUCACAUCCAAAGUCUUAUUAUUGUUCAGACGAGAAGUUUUCUAGCAGAACAAUCAGUUUGUACCAAUCAGACAAGUUUUAUUUUGUAGGCUUUUAUUUGUCACAGAAGUUUCCUGUUUGUUCGUGUCUGUAGAUUGAUUUUUGUAAAAACAAAAAACAAAGAAAAAAAGAUGACGUUGAACCAAACGGGCUAAAGUUCUUCAGCGCAUCUCGAUGCUCGAUCAGACACUCGUUGUGUCCAUAUGUAUCGAUGCGAGCGGCCGAGUCCACUCCUGACCGGUCUGAGCGAAACUGCAGGUCUGUGAAGAUCAGAGGUUUUAUUUUCCAAAACACAUUUAAGUUCCUGUGUUCCUGUUUUCACGUUGACCCCAUCACAGGGUUAAAAAAGCUUCUGAAUGAGCUUCAGUGAAACCUGCAGACGCCUCGUUACCUGAUUGGCUGACCAAACCUGGAGUCGGCACAUUUCUAUCAUCGAAUAAUGAAAACUGAUGUAUGUAAGAAGAUAGCAGCCACAUGGUGAUAAUAAUGAUGCAUUAUUUAAUUUAUUUUGAUUUUCUGAUCUUUGUAAUGAUUGAUGAACUAGCCGCUGUGUGAGGAAGAUGUAGACACCUUUAGAUGUGAACCGUUCUGAUGGCGAGGUGACAAAUGGCAGACGUGCUGUACAUACACGCAGAGGCGUAGAGGUUUGUGUUUGUAGCGUGGACGUUUGCCUGAACCGAGUAUCUGAUGUACUGUUGUAAAAUAAAUGUUUCUGAUGCUUCGGAGCCUCGCUGUCUCUCUCUGGGUUUAAUCUACCACUGUAAUCUGUAAUCCACACAUUUUACCAGACCUUUGUUACUUUAUUCUCAAAGAAUACCACUCUAGUUGUAAAAAAUGGGAUUCUUUGGUUUUCUUUACAUUGAUGUCAGUUUCUGCAGGUAGUAGUAGCUGACGGCAGCAAAAAACAGCAAUGUUACUAACAGAAAAGUUCAGAAUAUCUUCAACAACUCACCUCAGUACGGCAGUCAUUGGUCAGCAGUGAGCGCUGACUCACUGACUCGUAUCAUACUCCUUUCAUAAAGUUUUACAGCCUCCCCCAGAGGAAAUACACACAGAGCAUUAUCAUUCCCAACGCGUAACAUACCAACGAUUUGUCACGUUGGUCAGUAUGUUACACGCUGGGAUGAGAACGUGUUGAUAGAGAUGGAUGCUUCUCGCCUGCAAUGACAGCUGAGGAAAACAGUAGACUGCCAGCCUACACAUGUACUGAAACACUACUGGGUGGAUCGGGUCCAGAGUACAAAUAAAAGUUAUUUUAUUCUUUAUUUAGCGCUAAUUGUUUACAUUAUUCUAAUAUCGUAAAAAAUAUUUGUCCUACGGUGGCCACCAUAGCUGGGUUAUGCACUUCAAUUGGGGAAAAGACAGAACUCUGCUGCCAUCUAGUGGCGAGGUUUAACACACUGUAUCUUAAGUAUUAAGCUUAAAUUGCUGAAUUAUAGUGGUGAGAUUUCAUUAUUAUGUAAUAACUGAUGUGUGAGGAAUAAUAUGUAGUCUGGUUUAAAAGUGUGCAGUGCUGGGUUCCCUUGUUUCAAAGAAUAAUAUUAUCAAGAUGUGACAGUACCAAAGUGGUCAGCAGGAGGCGCUGUUGUGUCAGCUUGAACAAUUAGAAAACUAAAAAUCCCAAAGUGGUGCGAGUGUUUCGGUGUUUCAGAGUCUCACAGGCUUACCGGCCGGGUGCUGGAGCUGUGAAACAAAUGAUUUUCACAGUCACACACCUGAAGUGCCCCGGCAACAAAAACCCUGCCCCCCUCCCAAAAAACUGAGAGCCCUCCAAAAUAAAGGCCCACACAGGAAAUGGUUAACUGUUGAGGAUAAACGCUAUAAUCUGACAGCCAUUCUCAAACACUUAUAUCAGACAGAUAUUGUAAACUAUCAGAUAAAAGCUGUACUGAUGUGUUGUCUUCCUCUGUGACCUGUUUGUGAAAUACUGCCUCAGAUCUAAAACUUUAAAAGGCUGAAGCAGAAAACCAGAGCUGAAGGAUCAGGCUGAGCUUCAGUGAUGGUGUAACUGAAGGAAAGGCUGUUCCAGCACGGCCAGGGCUUAAUCGGUCCACAUACCAGCCUCCUCAUAUGGACUGUGUGUGUGUGUGUGUGUGUGUGUGUGUGUGUGUGUGUGUGUGUGUGUGUGUGUGUGUGUGUGUGUGUGUGUGAGAGGCUGAAACCUGACGCCCCCUCAGGUCAGCCCCCCUGCACACAUUUCUGCAGAUGGUGAGGAAGAACAAGCAGACUCUGAGAAUAGGAUAGAGUUUUGGUGAGGAAGACUUCUGGACUCUUUCUCACGGGACACAUUUGGCGUCUCUGAAGAGAAGCGUUCACGAACCGUCUGACCUCCAGCUGUCUCUGGGUGUGUGAGCACCCGUCGAGUACUCGCAGCACUGACAGGACGACGGCAGAGGUAGAACGUUCAGUGAGUCUUUGAUAAUCCAUCUGAAGUAUCAAGAGGACCACUUCCUGCUGGUGGCUGUCUCUGUUUAGGAAACUGUGUGCAUCACGUAGCAAGUCAGGCAGCCCAUAGGAGGAUCAGCAGUGUGACGUCCUGAACUCUUCCACCUGCAGCAGAGACACAGGAAGGUGAGCUUGUUUCCUGUCUCUUUUUUGUGGCGCAGCUCUGUGGUCUCUCCAUCGUCACCUCCCCACUCGUCAGCCUCAUUAAACUGAACCACAACUUAAACUGUGUGGAAGAAGUGGGAGAGGAAUGGGCUCUGAGUCAGGUGUUCGUGUUGUGACCGUAUGCAUGGAGCUGAACAGCAUUUAUCUCAGUAUGUGGCAGACAAACGCAGCAUCUUGAUUGGCUGCUUUCCCCUAAAGUCAGCACAGGUGACUGAGAGGUGCACAGGUCUGUGUGAAACCCAGAGAGGGUCCAGCAGACCGAGCAGCAGCUGAGGCUGAGAAAGUGUUUAGUUACAGGAAAUAACACAAUAACGCAGUAACACUACGUUACGCUGCAUUUAUAUCUGAUGUUCACACGAGCGGUGAACUUCAGUGUCAAAGGGGAAACCUGCAGUCUGAGCUCGUGUAUUCACAGUGUCCCAAGCUCCCAGCCCGGGGAGACGCCGCGAUACUAGAUGAAUUAUUAAUAAUUGCAUUCAAGCUGAUUCAGAGUCUCGUCUGUCACCGUAUAAGAAUUAAUCUCCUGUCAGUGUGCAAAGGCAUCGCGCCUUUAUUUUGAAAGGCAUGGCAAAAACAGUCCAAACAGUGUGAAUAAGUCUGGACAGAUGAUGUUGAUGGAUGAUUUUAGAUGAUAAAAAUCAUCCCAUGAAGCACCACAGCUCCCAAACACUUGUCAUUUUGCACAAACAGGGUCAUUCAUAAUUAGCAGCCGUCUCACAAAGUCGCGGUUAUGCAGCCAUCUUGAAUUUUCUUUCAUCAGCAGGCGGAUUAGAAGAGCAGACGUGCAGAUGUUGGUACCUGUGAAAAUAAUUGUUCUCCUUCUCUCUUAGAAAAACUGCAGAUUUAAGUUUCACAUCUUAGACCCCGAGGUUACGUCCACCUUUUAACUACAGUCUGUGUGUGUGUCAGCGGUGCUGCUUCACAAAAUUCACAGCUUUGUGUCUUUGCUAAAGUGAAGUGAGUGGUUGUACUGCUUUUACCGGGAGGAGGUGAAGCUCGGCCGAGUGGCCAUGUCGCUGUCAGCUGACCUGACCUGCCUGCAGGGCAGCAGAGGCGCCGAGCGCGAGGCGGCACUGGCCACGCUGGAGAAACAGCUGAUCUGCCCCAUCUGCCUGGAGAUCUUCAACAAACCCGUCGUCAUCCUGCCGUGCGAGCACAACCUGUGCAGGAAGUGUGCCAACGAGCUCUACCAGCCAUCUCUGUUCCACGCUCGGACCACCAUGUUGGUGAACAGCGGCCGUUUCCGCUGUCCGUCCUGCAGACAAGAAGUGGUUCUGGACCGCCACGGCGUCUACGGCCUUCAGCGAAACCUGCUGGUGGAGAACAUCAUCGACAUCUACAAAGAGGAAAUCAACAGCACCAGGCCCCUCCCUCCGCCUUCACCUCCACCUCCUGCUCAUACAACAUGCUCCGACCAUGAGGGAGAAAAGGUGAACAUCUACUGCCUCACCUGUCAGGUUCCCACCUGCUCGCUCUGCAAAGUCUUCGGGGCCCAUCAGUCCUGUGAGGUGGCUCCUCUGAGCGCCAUCUACCAGCAGCAGAAGGACCAGCUGAGCGAAGGCGUCGCCUCUCUGAGUGCGUUCAGCGACAAAGUCCAGACUCUGAUCAGUGAGCUGGAGGAGACCUGCAGACACAUAGAGGAGAACUGCAGCACUCAGAAACAGAGCGUGUGCGAGAAGUUCAACCGCAUGUUCUCCAUCCUGGAGGAAAGACAGAAGGCGAUGACGCAGCGAAUCACCUCUGAGCAGGAGGAGAAGACGGGCCACGCACGGGCGCUGGUGCGUUGCUAUGGUGAUAGCAUGGCAGCCAACAGCAGGCUGGCGGAGAGCGCCGCGAGCAGCAUGGAGGAGCCCAACAUGGCCGCCUUUGUUCAGGGUUCAGCAGAGAUGAUCACAAAGGUGAAGGCGGCGAGCGCCUCAGGUCCGUCUGAGACGCUGAGACCAGGUUACGAGCGCCUGAGUCUUUACAGGUUUAACUUCAGCGAGCAGGAGAGGGCGCUGAAGAGCAUUGACUUCAUCAAAGUGGUGGAGGAUGUUCCUGAAGAACCACAGCUGGAUCCAGAGCCAGGAGAACCCAAAGAACCUUUGAUCCAGAACACAGAACCAAACGGCAACCAGGAGGCCGCAGAGGAGGUUUCGCAGUGGGACACUCCUGAGCUGGACUCGGGUCACAUCACGGAGGAAGAGGAGGAAGCAGCGGCGGAUCCAGUUAAAGAGGGUGGCGAACAGCAGGAGGGAAUGAGCACACAGCAGGCUGUCACGCUGUUCUUCUACCUGCUCGCCCUCCUGGUUAUCCUGCAGAGGGCGUGGGUUUACGUCAGCUGCUUCAUUUGCACAUAAACGCCACACGGAGCUGCACGAACAUCACUGCUGCACAGCUCAGGUGGAGACCCAUGGCCCUCGCCUCGCUGCCUCCACCUCCUCCACCUCCGCCUCAUCUGCCCAGUUUUUCUCCUGGCUGAGCCCCGCCCACAACAAGAGUUAGGCGGGGAUGGGGGGGUCGUUAGAGACACUGUUAGGGUCUUAUUUUGAAAUUUUGACUGAGUAAUUAAAUUUUUGGGCUUGUUUUUGUAGAAAGUGUGACAGACGAUCACUGACAUGACAGGAAGUGAAAGCAGAGAAAUAAAGAGGUUCACAGGCCGAGGAGGCGUUUAUGUGUGAGUUUGUGUGAUGAUGCUUCUCAGAUAUUCAUUGUUGAUGUUUAAAUAAUAACUUUUCUGACGCUGAGUUUGUUUCAUGACUCUGACUCACUUUUUCUUUUGUCAGCGUUAAAAUGACAAAUCCACAGACGUGGUGUUUGUGCGUGUGUCAUGAGGGCGACGAGCGUCUCACAGGUUUAAAAAUGACAUCGGUCAGAUUUCUGUGGCCGGAGACGCUCUGCGUGCUGUGAAGAGCUGUUCUGCAUUUGCAUUCACAGAUAAACACAAAGUGUCAAACCAAAGUAUUUCAGCAGCAUUUUGCAGCUGUGCUGAGGAAAAACCACUUCCUGUUUGGAGGACUGGUCUUUAAAAAUAAAAGCACCAGGGUCAGUGUAUCUUCAGAGCCGGAGUCAGAGCGCCACAUGAGAAAUGAGACGGCGUGUUCAGUUAAACACGUCAGUGUGACGUUUUUGUGUUUCUGCUGCUGUAAAAUGUGUCGUCAUUUAAAAACAUGUUGGUCUAAAGUAAAUCUGUCACCUGUGCUCCUGGAGUUCAUGCAGAGCCGGUGUUCUGACAAACCAUCCUACUUUGGCAAAACGUCCUACCGUAAAUAGUUUAUGCACAUUUCUGCUGUCACAGAGUAAUUCCAGCACAAAAUUAAGUAGGUAUGACACUUUGCCACUUCAUUUUACCCAUUAAAGUAUGCUUGUAGGUAACAUUUACAAAGGUAGCAUGGUUUGGCACUUCAUUUUACCCAUCAGAGUAUGUUUCUAACUCAUAUUCACAAAGGUAGGAUAGUUCGCCAAUGAAUUUCGUGUUGUGCACAUGCGCAGAAACAGCGGGUAUGAUGGUUUGUCAGGUAGGAUGGAUUCCCACAACACCUGGUUUCUGCCACAGCUAACAGUAAUGCUAAUUAUCAAAACAUUGUUUUCUGUGUGUUAUUGUAGGUCUUACAAUAUGAAAGCACCUGAGGCAUCUGUUGUUGUGAUUUGUUGUUUCUGUAACAGGUAAUCCACGAGCAUGCACAAGCUCUGAAAAAUAACAAAGCACAUCAAUAUUAAUUUUGAUUGAUUAUUGAUUAUUUUUUAUGCUAAUUUACAGAAAAAUGAAUUUGAGAGGUUGAAUGUUGUGACUGCUCUUAGAUAUACAAGGUGCUCGCUCAAGUUUGUGAAUAAAAUCAGUAUUUCAGUUUGAAAUUCCUCAAUCCUGUUUAAAGAGGCACGACUCACUAUAUUAAAUAUAUAUGAAAUAAAA